GGCUUCAUCCCAAGGCCUGCUAUUCAAAAUGUUGUUCUCUUCAAGUCUUCUCGCUGUCGCUCUUCCUAAUGCUGCUGCUGCUGCCUAUGCGUUUGAUCCUUUGGAGCAUCUUGCCGGUAUCGCGCCGUACUUUGAGGAUCCAGUUCUCGACCCGAAGGCUCCCCAAGGAUGCAACGUCACGAGGGCCUCCAUGCUCGUCCGCCACGCUGCGAUAUACGGCAACGACUUUGAUUUUGAAUCAGUUAUCGAGCCAUUCGUUGAGAAGUUGAAGAACACCACGGCCGAUUGGCGCCGCGCUGGGUCCCUGGACUUUUUGGCGACAUGGCAAUCGCCCAUCAAAGAGGAGGAUCUUGAGGAUCUGACCAUGAUCGGCAAGCUGGAAGCGUACAAACUGGGCGUCGAUGUUCACUUGCGAUACCCUGGCCUGAAGGCCCCCAAGAAGGUGUGGACAUCGACAGCUGAGAGAACCGAACUGUCUGCGGGCUCAUUCAUCGAUGGCCUGGUGGCUGAGAGCAACGGGACGGAACGUGUUUCUGUUCGAGAGGAUGCUGCCCGUGGUGCUGACUCUCUCACGCCAUACAAGGGAUGUCCCAAGUACAGCUCGUCUUAUGGUAGCAACCAGUCUUCGGAAUUUAAAUCAGUAUACACAAAGCCCAUUAUUGCCCGUCUACAAGACCAAGCCCCAGCUUUCAACUUCACCGCAGACGAUAUUGUAGGAAUGCAACAACUUUGCGGAUACGAAACUGUCAUUCGUGGAUCGUCACCCUUCUGCUCGUUGGACGUCUUCAGCGCCAACGAUUGGCUGAACUUCGAGUACAUGAACGACAUCAUGUACUUCUACAACGCCGGAUACGGCAACGAGAUUUCUGGUGUCCUUGGAUAUCCGUGGCUGUCAGCAUCCGCAUCGACCCUGCAAUCGAACUCGUCGGACCAAGAUAUCUACGUUUCGUUCACGCAUCGCGAGCUCCCUCCAGCGGUAAUGGUCACGCUCGGUAUUUUCAACAACUCAGGACCUUCUCUGGCCGAGAAUAUCAAUGCGACCAUGCCUUUGGACAAGCCCAACCACGGCAGAGAAUGGAAGUCCUCCAAAAUCCUUCCCUUUUUGACCAACAUUGCCAUCGAGCGCAUGGCUUGCGACAGCUACGGUUACGAUGCCGGAACAUACUACAGAGUACUGGUGAACCAGGAUCCCAAGCCUCUUGAGUGUGCCGAUGGCCCAGGAGAGAGCUGUUCAAGCAGUGCCUUCGAGGACUUUGUCAAGAGCCGAGGCGACAUGUUUGAUGGCUUCACUGAGAAGUGCAAUCCGAAAUACGACAACUCUACCGACACGUUGACCAUUUUUUCAUCAUGAGCAUGCUUCCACUAGGGAGCUACGACUAGCAUUAGAUACCAUAGUUUAAUAGCGAAUAUUCUGUAAUGAGAACGAGGAUUUACACAUAAAAA